ACUUGCCUCCCGCCUCUCUCUCUCUCUCUCUCUCUCUCUCUCUCUCUGGUUCUUUCUUUCUGGCUAUUUGCAGGCCACCAACCUAUAGAUACAGGAUUCUGUAUGUAUGCAUCAAUCUGCGUACCUACACAAGCUGUAAAGAGGGAGGGGACGCCCGUAUAAAGUGACGAUGAUGUUGAUUUGAUCUGCUCCUCCUCAAGCAGAAAGCCUCCCAUUUCACUUUCCCAGAGAGAAAUAGUUUGAACUCUAGAGAGAGAGAGAGAGAUUUUAUGCAGGUGUGUGUGAUGUUAGAUUGUUUAUGGUUUCUGUUCUUUUGAUUAUUCUGCGCGUGGAUGUGUUUUCUGCUGGGAGGAGCUUUCGGAUUUCUUCAAUUUGAGCUUGAAUCGUGUAGGGUUUAGAGGCAGAGGGAGGCAGAGGAGAGGAUGUGUGGAUUGAUCGAUCUGAACACCGUGAGCAAUGAAGACGACGGGGAGACUACCACGACGGCGUCGUCGCGGGAUGAUUCGGAUUUGACGGAGGCUUCUCCUCCGCCGCCGCCGGUGGCGGAGCCGGCGCAUCUCGUGAGUAUGGAGCUCUGGCACGCCUGUGCGGGGCCGUUGAUUUCGCUGCCGAAGAAAGGAUGCGCGGUCGUGUACCUACCGCAGGGCCACCUGGAGCAUCUCUCCGAUUACCCCGCCCUGGCCUAUAACCUCCCCCCUCAUGUCUUCUGCCGCAUCGUCGACGUCAAGCUCCAUGCGGAAGUAGAGACUGAUGAGGUCUAUGCUCAAGUGUCACUGGUACCAGACAAUCAGAUUGAGCAGAAGUGGAAGAAUGGUGAGGUUGAAGUAGAUAACAAAGAAGAUGAUUCCGAAGGCGAUGUUAAAUCAAGCACACGGCAUAUGUUCUGCAAGACUCUCACUGCUUCUGAUACCAGCACCCAUGGUGGUUUCUCUGUCCCUCGCCGGGCUGCAGAAGAUUGCUUUCCUCCUCUGGAUUAUAAACAACAGAGACCCUCACAAGAGGUAGUAGCAAGAGAUCUUCAUGGGAUGGCGUGGAAAUUUCGUCACAUUUACAGGGGUCAGCCACGAAGGCAUUUGCUUACCACUGGUUGGAGUGCAUUUGUCAAUAACAAGAAACUGGUUUCAGGAGAUGCGGUGCUUUUCCUAAAGAGCGGGGAUGGAGAACUUAGGCUGGGAAUUAGAAGAUCAGCUCAAGCUAAAUUUGGUUCCCCUUCUACCCCUUCAGGCCCGUUUAGUCAACAGCUGAAUGUCAGUGGAAUUUUGGAUGUGGUUAAUGCAAUAUCUACCAGAGGCAUUUUUAGUGUCUGCUACAACCCUAGAGACAGCCUAUCAAAGUUCGUAGUGCCUUACAACAAAUUCUGUGGUAGCCUUUCACAUUCUUUUACACCUGGAUUGAGAUUUAAGUUGCACUUUGAAACUGAAGAUACAGCCGAAAGAAGAUACACUGGGCUUGUAAUUGGGACAGGUGAUGUGGACCCUGUUCGUUGGCCUGGUUCAAAAUGGAGGAGCCUAUUGGUAAGGUGGGACGAUCCAGAUGACACUAGACAUAACAGGGUUUCUCCAUGGGAAAUUGAGCCCGCUGGAACAGUUCCUGGAUCUAUCAACAUGGUUGUACCCGCUGCUGCAAAGCGCCCGAGGAUUGGAUUGCCAACUCUGGGGGAAGAUUUUGCAGUUUGUGGAGAUGGGAGAGCUGUAUUGGACAUUGGGAACCCUUGUAGAUUCCCGGUCUUGCAAGGUCAAGAAAUUUUUGCUGCAAAUAACAUUCCUGGCUAUGACAAUUCUGAGAUUUCCACAAGAAGUAGAAUUAACAUUAGAGCUCUACUCAGCGAACCAGCACACGAAAGCUUUGGCGGCUUUGCUGAGCCUUCCCGGUUCAAUAAGGUCUUUCAAGGUCAAGAAACUUACCCGAGAUGGUCUACACCACCAUCAAUCCCAAACCAUCAUCACAACCACAGCCAAACACCCCAUCCAUCCACUCCAUUCCUUCAUCAAGUGUCUUCAUCACCACCCUCUGUCCUAAUGUUUCAGAACCAAUCUGGAUUCUCGGACCUUCUUGGGCCUCAAUCAUCCUGCACGGUAUUCGGCUUCCCCAUAUUAUCCGAGGCUAGAAAUUCCCACCCGAUGACUAAUAAAGAAAGCGGUCCAUCCUCAAGGGGCGAAACUGUGAUGUCCAAUGUAAUGGGAAGCAGUUUUCCCAGGGUAAGUGACCCUUAUGCCUCUAGGGAAGUUCUUCUCGAUAUUGCACUCUAAGAAGUGGAUCAAUGAAUGAAUGAGAGCAAGAAGAUGUACGGACUAGAGGUUUUGUUGGAAAAAAAAGGCAAGUGUUUUAAUUUAAGAUUUGUGUUGCCUGUAAAAUCAUAAUAUUUGCUUGCCUUGCUAGCGAGGUGUGAUUUAUUUUUGUUUAUUGUUAUGGGCUAUUGCAAGUCUUCAUGGUUUAUGCGUCUUUUUACUCGUAGAUUACCUUAGUAUAACAUGACUUAAUUGAAGAAUAUGUACAAUUACAUCAAUGUAGUAAGAUUACCUUGUACUCCCCUAU